AAAAAAAAACUAGUCAAAGAAUCCAAUACAACGAAUUUGUAUUCAAAGCCAUUUUCUUAAAAAUUAAAACAACAACACAAACAUGCUCAACAAAUAUUUAACAAAAAUUUCCAAUGCUGUCCAGCAUAAAAACAAAGAAAACCUUAAGCAUCACAAUCAUCAUCAUCAAACGCUGACCAGCAGCAACAGCUACGAUGAGACGCACAAACAAAAUGCCCGCAAUUUGGAAUAUGAACGGGCCAUUGCCGCUUCAUAUGCUGCCAUGUCCUCGUCGGCUGCGGGAUCCACACCCAAAAAGAAGAAACCAAAAAUUAAUGUACACAGUACGAAUAAUACCAAAACUUGCCUUACCACAAAUGAAUUGGCCAUUAUAAUUAAGGGAGAGUCACAUCACAACAGCAACAACAACCACAACAAACGUCACACACUCAAGGAAUCCCACAACAUUUACUCAUGCACCCCGCCCCCAGCCGGACCCCUGAGGGAGACAAAAAGUUCCCUGACUUUACAUCUCUCGACAUCGCCAACAUCAUCGGGUAUUUAUUCGAAUGUUUCGUCGUCAUAUGGCUCGGCCAACUCGACCUCAUUGAAAGUCCAUUCAUCAGCCUCCUCCUCCUCGUCGGGAGCUUCUUCAUCAGCCUCGACGGAAUCUCUCAAUUCAUCGGCAGCCAGUGAAACGCCCUAUUCAUCGAAUGUCUCAACACCCACUUCAUUGCCAUCGUCGGGUAAUUUGGUGUGGCCUGUAUCCGCCAGCAGACUGCAUUUGCCGCAUGAAUUGGCCAUGCUGAGGAUUAGAAUGUGGAUAUUUCCAUGGUUUCAUGGCAAUCUUUCUGGUAAAGAAGGUGAAAAAUUGUUAUUGGAGCGUGGAAAGAAUGGUUCAUUUCUGGUCCGUGAAUCGCAAUCGAAACCAGGCGAUUUUGUCUUAUCUGUAAGGACAGACGAUAAAGUUACACAUGUCAUGAUACGUUGGCAGGACAACAAAUACGAUGUUGGCGGUGGUGAACCAUUCAAUACAUUAUCGGAAUUAAUUGAACACUACAAACGCAAUCCAAUGGUGGAGACGUGCGGUACGGUUGUCCAUUUGCGGCAGCCAUUUAAUGCUACACGCAUCACUGCAGCUGGCAUCAAUGCUCGUGUCGAACAAUUGGUUAAGGGAGGCUUCUGGGAGGAAUUUGAAGCUUUACAGCAGGAUAGUCGUGACAUUUUCUCACGUAAUGAAGGCUAUAAACUGGAGAAUCGCAACAAAAAUCGUUACAGAAAUAUUUUACCAUAUGAUCACACCCGUGUCAAGCUAAACGAUGUCGAUCAUAGCAUAUCCGGCGCUGAGUAUAUCAAUGCCAACUACAUACGCUUACCCACCGAUGGUGAACAGAAUAACAUGAAUGCUUCGCAGGAAAGUUUAAAUGCCAUGGUCUCCUCGUGUCCAGCCUGUACGGCUGCACAAAUUCAGAAGAAUUGCCCCAACUGCCAGUUGUUAAAUAAAACCUGCGUUCAGUGUGCUGUGAAAACGGCUACACUGCCCUACAGCAACUGUGUUACAUGCAACAAGAAAACGGAUAAUUUGAAUAAGCACAAGCGCAGUGAAUCGCUUACCAAUAAUGCAUUGAUGGGCAACUGUAAUGGUUUGAGUCAACCCCAGCAGCAGCAACGGUCAGGGGCUUCCGGUUCCAAUGGCAGUGGUAUUGCACGACCCCUCAAUAAAAAGAAUAGCAAUGAUUUGACCGAACGUGAAAUGUUCAAAACCUACAUUGCUACCCAGGGCUGUUUGGCCAAUACCAUUACCGAUUUCUGGAACAUGAUUUGGCAGGAGAAUACACGUGUCAUAGUGAUGACAACCAAAGAAUUUGAACGUGGCAAAAAUAAAUGUGCCAAAUAUUGGCCAGAUGAGGGGCAAACCAAACAAUUUGGACCCGCCAAAAUUCAAUGCAUCUCAGAGAACUCGACCAAUGACUACACGUUGAGGGAGUUCUUAUUUUCAUGGCGUGAUCAGCCAGAGAGGCGUAUAUUCCAUUAUCACUUUCAGGUAUGGCCCGAUCACGGUGUACCUGCUGAUCCUGGUUGUGUGUUGAAUUUCUUGCAAGAUGUCAACUCAAAACAGGGACAAUUGACCCAGGCUGGUGAUAAGCCGGGCCCAAUUUGUGUGCAUUGUUCGGCAGGUAUUGGUCGCACGGGUACAUUUAUAGUGAUAGACAUGAUUUUGGAUCAGAUCGAUAGAAAUGGUUUAGAUACCGAAAUUGAUAUACAACGCACAAUACAAAUGGUACGAUCCCAACGUUCUGGUCUAGUACAAACCGAGGCACAAUACAAGUUCGUCUAUUAUGCUGUACAGCAUUACAUACAAACAUUAAUACAGCGCAAACGGGCCGAAGAGCAAAGCAUACAAGUUGGUCGUGAAUACACGAAUAUAAAAUACACCGGCGAAAUUGGUAACGACACACAAAGAUCUCCCUUACCACCUAAUUUAAAUUUAGCAAGUAAACAACAACAGAUUAGCGCGUCCAGCAACAGUAGCUCUAAUGCUGACAAUAUACAAGCAUCGAAAUCAGCUUUUAAUAAAAUGCCAUUGGCAUCGCCAACAACACCAAGCAGCCGUCAUAAAUUUACAACACAGGCCACAGCAGCCACACAACAACAACAACCACAGCAAAUCUACAGCAACGAUGUAUUUCAAGCAACAACACCAAAACACAACGAACAACAACAACAACAACAAUCUCAUCAUCAUUCAACCCAUCAUCCUCAUGCACCACAACAACAGUUACAACAUCAUCAAACGUCCUCAUCAUCCUCCACCACCACCUCAUCAAGUGGACAUGCGGCGGGAACAGGUAAGCAGGUCUCGUCACGGCCCGGUUUGUUCAAAUUGUUUACUCCCGUCAUUUUUCAGCCUACGAAAACAUUCCCAAAGACAUGAUGAGGCAUCAUUAUGCGGCGCCUCCUCCAACACCGCCACGUAAAACAUGACAAUUAAAGUUUUGAAUCAUUCAUUGAUUUUCGUUUGUAAUUUUUGUUCCCCAUCCAACCCGCUUCCACAAAAGUACCAUUACUACUAACUAUCCCGCAAUAUAGAUACCACGACCUCUUCCGAAAACACCUCAUAGACAUAAAAUUGUUUUGGAAAAAAAAAUAAAUCCCUUUUUCAUAAUUCAUUGUUAUGUGUUAUUGUUUAAUUAUUUGGCUACUUUCUCAGUUGCUGUUGUAGAGUAAAACAGUAGUAGUGUAUUUUGAUUAUGUUUCCUCGUAACUUUGCCUUUUCUUUAAACAAACAUGUCUUGUAGUAUAUUUUCGAAAAGUAACGGAAAUUUAAAAUUGUUGUUUAAGUUUUCAUUUGUGCAUUGUAUUAAUGUUGUUUUUCUGCAUUGCUUCAUUGUGAUAUUGAAACGAAAAUUUUGUAUAACUUAGAAAACGAAACUGAAACAGAGCUUUCACAAUUUCUUGUUGUAUUUUAUUUUAUUUCAUAAAUGCAUUUCUAAUUUCCCUUUCUCGGAAUAUGCUCUCAUAUUUUAUUUCUUCUUAAUUUAUAAAUGUUGUUAAGAAAUUUAUGAAAUUUCUAUAGAUAUUUCUUGUAAUGUGAGAUCAAGAUGUUGUUGCUAUAAUUUUAAUAGCAUCCCAUAUUUUUUGUCUUUUUGUUUUAAUGUUAAAUAAGGAUAAUUACACACGUAUAUAUUUUUUUGUUAUUUUGCAACUUUUACAUUGUAUUACGUAUUUGUAUUUAAUUUAAACAACACCAACAACAAUAAGUACAUUUAACAUUUUUUAUGCGAGUUAGAC